AUGUUAUCUUUGUUAUCCAAAUUAAUGCAUUCUUUGGAUUUUCGAGAAUUACAAUCUAAAGUGAAUGAUUAUUGGCUUACAAUUGAUUUAAAUAGUAAUGAAGCCUGGGUGACGAGAAAGAGAAAGAGAACUCCAAACCCAGGAAUUUGCCAAAAUUUUUUAAAUAUUAAUAAUUUUAAAGCAUCAGAAGUCGGGUUAAGCAACUUUAGAAAAAGAGCAAGCUUGAAACAAUUUGUUCAUUAUGGUGAAGCUAACAAUGCACCUCUUGAGAAACUUCCAGAAUAUAGAGAGGAAUUGAAAACCUUGUUUUGGAAAAUAGAACCAUCUAGAUCUCUUGCAAGAGAAACUAUUAUUGGAAAGAAAAAAAGUACAAUAAAAAUAAAACUACUAGUUAUUCAUUAUUACAAACCUAGACCAUUAGAAGGAAUAAAGAAAGAAGACCUGCCAGUAAACUAUUAUUGGAAUAAUAAUGCAUGGAUGACAACUGAAAUUUGGAAUAAUUUUUUAAUUAAUUUAAAUCAACAAAUUUCCAUCACUGUUACGGGAAGUCUUGUAUCUGAUGAUACAACAGUUGACUAUGAUGAAAGCAUCGAAAUACAACCAUUUAUAUGGGAUGAUUUGGCUUUUGAACAGGCCCAAAUAUUAGCUAAUAAAAAAGAAAAUAAUGAUGAUGAUGAAAUUGAAUGGGAGAACCUAGAAUAUGAAUUCCCAGAAAUGGCAUCAUUUGUAACAGGACCUUUGGCACAAUUGGUUGACACCUGGGAAAUUGAUAGUGAAGCAUUCAAGUCAGUAAAAAAUGAUAAUAAAAUAUAUACUUUGGGGAUCUGUGGAUCACAUUUUACUUUUGAUCAAAUUGAACUUCAUAGUUCAAAUCUCAAAAUUUACAAUGCAUUGAAAAAAGUUCGGGAAAAACCUUCAUUAUUUAAUGAUAAACAUGAUGAUAAUGUAACACAAGCACUUGAAUUAUUAGGACAAUUUAUUUUAAAUACGGCAUCACAUAUAAAAAAUCCUCCAAGUCUUUUAUUCAUAAAAACAGCUCUACGACUUGGACAAGUUAAUAUUAAAUCUCAGCAUGAAAUCUGUCAAAAUAAAGAGGCUCUUGAAAAACCAAACUCUUUAGCGGAAUAUCAGGCUGCUUUUCCACGUUGUAUUUUAAACCUUUUUAAUGGGCUAAUUACUAAGUUACAAAAAAGAAAACAUGAUAUAGUCAAUAAAAAAAGAAGGCAACGAGGGUUAGAAAUGAAGGCUUUUGAUGAAGCUCACUUUAUAAAAAAUCAAUAUUAUAAACAUGAAACUGUUUUCAAUAAACUUAUGGAACAAUUCUCAAAUAAUUGGGAUAUCGAUGAUAUUUAUGAUGAAUUUGUAAAAGAUACUUCAUCUACAAAACGAAUACGCGGAUCAACAAUUAAUAAGGCAAAAGAAAUUCUUUCUCGAUUACUUACACAUAAAUCAUUUAUCGAAGAUGAUCAACUAUUAUAUAAAGUUCUUCAUGAACUUCAAGAUAUAGAAUCCGGUUGGGAUAAGGAUCGAAUUUCAUCUGUAGCUGGUUGGAGAUUAUUUUUUAGAGAACAUGCAAAGAAAAAUAAAUUUUUAGGCGAAUAUAUUGGAGAAAUCAUAUCGCAAGCAGAGGCUGAUAGACGGUUAAAUCUAUGA